AUGGCAGACAUGGACGUUUUUGCGGCCAUGGGCAUUUCUGGGUUUGGUAAGACCACCCAGAAGAAGGAGUUAGAUCCUGCGCGGUUUGACAAGAACAAGCGCGAGGAGCCUGCGGAGAAGCCGGCUGUAGGGCCUGCCCCCGGCACUUCUUCCCUUUCACAGCCCAAACGCAGUCAAAAUCAAAAUAGUGACAGGGAGGACGACGAUGAUGAGCAAGGCCCUGCGCCUCCUCCCAAGGAUGGCCAAAAUGAACUCGAAGAACCUGAGUUCGAGCCGUCAGACGGAGAAGACGACGACGAAGAUCUGCCUCAGUUCCCCAUCACUCAUGAGAUUUCGCUAAAAGAUCAUUCUAAAGUUGUUUCAGCACUGGCACUAGAUCCUUCUGGUGCCCGAAUCAUAUCGGGCUCGCAUGACUACGACUGCAAGCUCUGGGACUUUGGAGGGAUGGACAUGCGCUGUAAACCGUUCAAGAGCUGGGAGCCUGCUGGGACUUAUUACGUUAACGACCUGAAGUAUUCCAAUGAUGGUUCGAAGUUCCUGUGUCUAUCAGGAACUACGCAAGCCAAAAUAUUCGACCGUGAUGGAGAAGAACAGGCUACCUUUGUGAAGGGGGAUCCUUAUAUUCGUGACAUGAAGAACACCUCAGGACAUGUUGGAGAACUGACAUGCUGUGCCUGGCACCCUAAAGACCCGAAAUUGUUUAUCACCAGUUCGGCAGAUUCUACUAUCAGAAUAUGGGAUGUAGAGAACAAGCGAAAACAAAAGACGGUUAUAGUUGUCAAGUCCAAAGACAGAGGCGCCAGAACAAAAGUCACAGCGUGCAAUUAUUCACCUGAUGGCAACCUCAUCGGAGGAGCGUGUCUCGAUGGGGCACUGCACAUGUGGCAGACAAACUCGAAUUUUGUGAGGCCAAACAUGACCAUCGAGAAUGCGCACGUAAAGGGGACGGAGACUGGCUCGCUGGUUUUUUCAGUGGACAGACAAACGGUCCUUACGCGCGGCGGGGAUGACACGGUGAAAUGCAAGUUGUGGGAUCUCCGAGCGUUCAAAAAACCCCUUGCGGUACGGUCUGGACUGAACACACUGUAUCCGGGGACGAAUGCGGUGUUCAGUCCGGACGACAAGUAUGUGAUCACAGGGGCUGGUGCGACGAGCAAGGGGGGACAAGGACGACUGGUAAUAUUGAACAAGGAUGGGCUGGAGGAGGUCAAGUCGCUGGCGGUGGAUGCGACACCAGUGAAAGUUGCUUGGCACGGCAAGAUCAAUCAGAUUGUGACAGGGCUGUCGAACGGCCAGAUAGUUGUACUGUACUCGCCGGCGACGUCGUUGAACGGGGCGAAGCUGCUGUUGAGCAAGGGGCCGCCGCGACGGGUGACGAUUGAAGACGUGUCUGACGCGCUGACUGCGCCGACGAUCCUGACGCCGCACGCGCUGCCGAUGUUCCGAGACAUGGACGCGGGGCGGGGGACGAAGCGGAAGCGGGAGAAGGACCGGAUGGACCCGCGGAAGAGCAAGCGGCCGGAGCUGCCAGUGACUGGGCCGGGGAGGGGCGGGCGGGUGGGUGCGAGCGCGACGCAGCACGUGGUGCAGAACCUAGUGCGCGACACGACGCGGGAUGUGGACGUGAGUAACAGACCUGUGCUGGACGACAUGCGUGAUGCUGACAAGCCCUUAGCCGCGGGAAGCGCUCCUGAAAUAUGCAGACGACAAGGAUCCGCAAUGGACGAAAGGUGA